GUAACAGAGAGGAAAAAUAACAGAGAUGAUAUGGUUUAGUUCUAUCUGAGUUGAGCAGUGUGCUUAGUGCUACUGGUUUCUGCCUGGAGAGCUGAUCAAAGGAUAUAUGUAGCGUGUUGUUAUCUGAUCUGAAAGGGAGUGCUUGACCCCCAACGUUGUUCUACUCGAUUUUGCUAGCGUUUCAGUAGGAUUUUUCUAGAAUUGCAAACGUUAUGCUUUCGUCAGAUUCUGAAGCGUCUGCAUCCUUUCCUUUUUCAUCUAUGUACUGUGGCUCUUGUGUGUGACUGGAAAUUCGUUACCAGUUUGCUAUGCUGGAACAUGGAAAAGAAAAAAAAGAGAUAAUUAUAAUUGUUUCAUUCAGGACGCCCGUCUCCACGUAGCCUGGAAGGUUCACGAGGUUCAUUGAGCCGUUGAGCGUGUAACUGCCGUGAAGGUUCCCGAAGCAUCUGGAACACGUGGGCACGCCGCACGCCACUGGGCGUGUGCGCUGACCCUGACGGCACCAAAAGGAGAAAGAGGAAGCGAGCCCCCAGGAAAGCGGUCAGAAUUGGAGUGCAAGCGACGCGUCGAGCCCCAUCCCGUUCCCGCGCCUCGCCGAGAGAUCUGCGCCGUCGUCGGCACCAAUCCGUACACCCGUCAGUCCGUCCGUCGUCGGCGCCGGCGAACGAGUAGAGAUGGAGGAGACGGCGGCAGCGGCACCGGCUGAGAAGGCGUCGUCGUACAGGUACUGGGUGCGGGAAGCCACCGGCGACGCCGCGCCGCUCCCCGUCCCGCGCAAGCUCGACCCCGCCGCCAAUGGGAACGGGAACCCGCCGCCCCUCGGGUCCGUCUGGAAUCAGGCUGGAACUUGGGAGGAAAAGAACCUCAACUCAUGGGCUAAUAGUAGGAUAAAGGAUUUGCUGGGCUCUCUAGGUUCAUUGAAGUUCCCUACAGGGAAUGCAUCCGUUGAUGAAGUGUCCAAGUGCUCAGGCGAUGCCUUUCAGGUCACUGUCCGCAACAAGAAGAGAGUAGGAUAUAACUACGAACUAAGCUUGAGAUUUAAAGGUGAAUGGUUAGUUAAAGAAGAAAACAAGAAGAUCAAAGGACACUUAGACAUUCCCGAGUUCUCGUUCGGUGAGAUCGAUGACCUGGAGGUGCAAGUAAGGUUCAGUGACGACAAGGGCCUCGCAUCCGACGACAAGGCACGGAUCUGCAAGGAUCUCAAGUCCUUUAUGGCCCCGAUUCAGGAGAAAAUGCGCGUGUUCGAAGAAGAGCUCAAGGGUAGAUAGCGAGCAUUAGCGAGAAUCGGCAGUGCUAGGUGGGCGCUGCCGUGCCCGUGCUGGAAUGAUGAGUAAAACAUGUUGACGUCUUGUGGUGUCUCCACGUUCUAAAGUCGUCUUCGGAUGACUGGGACUGUCUGUGUACUGAUGCUAUGCACUUCCGGAGAUGAGUAUGUACGGUUACGAACUGCCUAAACCGUCUCUUCGUCCUAAUCAUUUUCGGGAUAUGAUGGUAGUAGAGAGAUUUAGGGCUUGUUUGGUUCCUAAUUUGUUUUUAUCUAAGGUUAGUUCUUUAA